UUUACUAGUGGCAAGAAACAUAUGAUUUCUCCCUCCCACACUGUCCCAAGCAGACACGACAGCAGACAUGAAUCUCUGUCCUUGCCAAUGCCAGGAACAAGACCGCCGGCCCCCACCGAUCUCCUCUCUACCUUCCUCUCCCUUCUUUCGCUUCUUCCUCUUCCUCUCAUUUGAUUUGACAUUUUUCCGGUCGACCCAAGUAAAAAUUCUGCAACUUUCAAUUACUGCAUGUAACUUAAAUGCUCGGCGCCCGAGCUCUCCCAUUGCCUAGAAAUGGAGCAGCCGCCCCAUUAAUCUAAUCAAUCAUUCACCCCCAGCGAAAAUAUCUCCCCCGAGCUCUCGAGGAGCUUCAGCUUUACUGCAACACUCCAAGCUCGCGCACCCCUUCAAUGGAGACAACCCGAGCUCCCGGGCCCGACAUAGAGCUGGGGGCGGGCGUCCAACACCGGCGGGGAGAGAGGGACGCCGGCUUUGGCUGCUGGGAAGACAAUGACGGAGGAGAAGCCGCCGCCGCCGCCGCCACCUCCUCAUCCUCAUCCGGCUGCUCCCGGUUCCCCUCCACCGGGACCGGGUCCCGCGACGGUGAGAGCGGCAGCUUCCGCUCCCGGUCGGUAGAGAUCGAGGGCGGGGACCGGGAGGUUAAGGUGGACGUCGGGGGAUUCGAGAGGGACUGUCGGAUUUGCCACCUGGGACUGGGGAGGAACGGCGACCGGUCCAUUGACUUGGGGUGUUCUUGUAAAGGGGAUUUGGCGGCUGCCCAUAAGAACUGCGCCGAGGACUGGUUCAAUAUCAGAGGCAAUAGGACAUGCGAGAUUUGCCAUUCGGUGGCACAAAAUGUUGCCACUCCAAACGAGGCUGACCCAACUGGGCAUACUGGGGGUGCCAACGCUAAUAUCAUGUCCAUAUCAGCAGUAUCCACCUUGGCAUCUCCUGAUCACCGGAGCUUUUGGGACGGUCAUCGGUUCUUGAACUUUCUGCUCGCCUGCAUGGUGGUCGCGUUCGUCAUAUCGUGGCUCUUCCACUUCAGAGUCCCAUCUCAUCACUAGAGUUUCCUGAGAAGAAUUCCUUGGUUUUUGUUGGGCGAAUUGCCCUAGUUGAACCGAAUUGAGAGGAUAAUCUUGUGGAGGAAGCAAGAAAGUGGUUGGCCGUGACUCAUGAGCUUUGCGGCAUUCGGAAAACGAGAUCGGGUUGGAUGCAUUUCGAUAAUGUAUGUAUAUUCUUCAUAACGACAAUUCUAGGGGUUCGUCAUCUGCAAUGUUUAGCGCAUAUUUCCACCCCCAUAUUUGUGCAGAAUGUGGUUUUGCUUGGUCUUAUCAUCGAUAUGGAAUCGUAUGAUUGAUUCGCA